CUGCGGGUACUCCGCUCUGUAAUCUGCAGAGUUAACGAUGAGUGUUUGCUCAGCAGCCACUAUCUCGAACAGUGAUCAAGAAGAAAACAGUGUAUCCAGAGGUAGUGGCAUUAGCGCAGUCCCAACAAUCGUGCAACGAGCUGAUGACUCAAUGAGGCCCAUCCGAUCGACCAUUGCCAUGCACCGAAACAGUACCGACAGCGAGAUGGCGGGGGAAACAAAGAGUCUUCCGUCGUCGGAUGAGACCAUCGCCGUGACCCGCAGCAUGGAAGAUCCGCUGAUGGAAGACUCCAGCGGCGCGGCCAGGGAGGCACGCUUGCGGCGCAAACUGCAGUUUUUCUUCAUGAACCCGAUCGAAAAGUGGGAAGCUAAGCGACGCUUUCCGUACAAGUUUGUGGUGCAGGUUAUCAAAAUUGUGCUGGUCACGUUGCAGUUGUGUCUGUUCGCACACUCGCGCUACAUGCACGUCAAUUACACGUGGGACAACACGGUGACGUUCUCGCACUUGUUCCUGCGCGGAUGGGACAUCACGAUGGAGGUGAGCAACUAUCCGCCGGAGACGGGGCCACUGUCGGUGUACGUUGUCGACGAAUUCUUUCAAACGAUCGACUACGCAGCAUCCGGGUACGCCAAUCUGAUGCAAGCCAUUGGCCCGUACUCGUACCCGACCGAAGAUAACACGAUGGCCCCGAUGAGCCUGUGUCUGUACCGUUACAAGGACGGCACCAUCUUCGGGUUCAACGAAAGCUACGUUUUCAACCCGGAAAUCGACACGCUUUGCGUGAACCUGUACCAGAACGUCACGGUCAACGGGAGCAAGGCGUAUCUGGACGCCAAGGACAUCCGGAUACACUUCUCGGCGCUGGUGAAGGCAGAGCUCCGGUUCGCCAUAAAAACGGUCAACUUUAAAGCGGCCGGCCCCAUCACGGCGCCCGAUUGCUAUCGGUUCGAUAUUCUGAUCUUCUUCAACAACCAGGACCACGACGGUCAGAUGACGCUUCGGCUCGAGGCGGAACCGACGCGACUCGUUUGCCACGGCGAUGUGGAGUUUAUCAAAAACUCCCAGAUCGACGACGCGCUGCGGAGUCUGCUCAACAUUCUCGUCAUCGUCAUUUGUCUCGUGUCGUUUGCACUCUGCGCGCGGGCCAUCGUCCGUGCGCAGCUGCUCCGUAUGUCGACGGCAGACUUUUUCAGGCAAGCGUACGGCAAGAAACUAAGCAGCGAGGGCAAGUGGGAGUUUGUCAACAUGUGGUACAUCAUGAUCGUGUUCAACGACGUGCUGCUCAUCAUCGGAUCGGCGCUCAAGGAGCAGAUCGAACAGAAGCACUUCAUUGCGGACGAUUGGAACGUGUGCUCGCUGCUGCUAGGCGUCGGCAACUCGCUCGUCUGGUUCGGUGUGCUGCGCUACCUCGGGUUCUUCAAAACGUACAACGUGGUCAUUCUGACGCUCAAGAAGGCUGCGCCGAAAAUCAGCCGAUUCUUGCUGUGCGCCCUGCUGAUCUACGCCGGGUUCACCUUUUGCGGCUGGCUCGUACUGGGACCGUACCACAUCAAGUUCCGGUCCCUGUCGACCACCUCCGAGUGUCUGUUUGCGCUCAUCAACGGGGACGACAUGUUUGCCACGUUUUCGAUCAUGUCGGAAAAGUCGCUGAUGCUGUGGUGGUUCUGCCGCAUUUAUCUCUAUUCCUUCACGAGUCUCUACAUUUACGUUGUGCUGUCGCUCUUCAUUUCCGUCAUCAUGGAUGCGUACGACACGAUCAAAAAGUAUUACAAAGAUGGGUUCCCUCAGUCCGAUCUGCGGCUCUUCGUGGGCCCCAUCAACCCGAACGAUUACGCCAACGGGGCAUUCCGCGACGACGAAGAAACAGAGCUCGACAGCGUGUCACUGGGGGCAAUGAAGCGAUUGCUGGCCAAUCUGUUUUGCCGCUGCCGGACGUCGCCCGACAACGACGGUCCGACCGGGUACACCUCUCUGCUACCGAAAGCUUCAACGAGCUACAGAAACAACUAGCCAAUUCCGCGCUACCACGUUCCAAAUAUUCGUUAUCUAGCGUAAUUAUUGUUACAGCAAGCUUUGUAAUAAAUUUUACAAAAACCAUUUCAAG